AUGAGUAUAGUAACGUAUCACGUGUACUGUCGACUCAUCGGAAAUGCUAUAGCUUUUCUUCUCCAUAGCGGCAACUCGAUAGUGUUGUUCUUUGCGAUGCAAGGCGAUAUUUUAAAGGACCCAGAUAUUGCCAUGCUGAAAGCUACGCAGCUUAAAUAUAUUACUAUAUGGAAUGUGGCGUUCCAGUUGCUAUUUGCUGCUAUGAGUAUUAUAUGUGAUAUAUCUGCCAUAUUUAAAAUAAAAAAAGGCGAAAAAUACUUGAAUUAUCUUAGAAAUUAUAGAAAGGUCUUCUUCGGCGCAGUAGUGUGGCCUCUUUCCUGGAUGAUAUUUACCAUAUUUUGGCCAAUAUUCAUAUAUGACAGAGAGUUAAUAUUUCCGUCCUUCAUAGACAAGGCAAUAAGUUUACCGUCAAACCAUAUAAUGCAUACAGCUAUAAUACCUAUAGUAAUAUGGAAUCUCUUCUUCUUACCUAGAAGUAAGCCAACCUCACAUAAAUGGUACCUGGCCCAUAUAUUUGCCCUUUUCAUAACUUAUUUGAUUGUUGUAUUCCACAACUACGCCAUAUUAGGUGUAUGGCCAUACCCCAUCUUGAAGAAUAUUUACGGAACACUAUACUUUCCUUUGUUUUUCUUGAUAAACCUAUGUCUUAUUCUUAUAUAUUACGUCGUACAGUGGCCUUUGACUACACUGAUAUUUGAAACGUGUAAUAAAUCGGAAAAAAUGAUA